AUGUCUUCAAGAAUGUCGGAACAUUGCCCAGUAUCCGGCAUGGCGGGUGCAGUAUGCCCGGCAGGCUCAGCUACUGGGUGCAAGACGGGGAGUCGAACGGGUCCUCGUGGCUGCACAAUGUCGGGCUUCGCGCAAUCAGGGGAUGUACAUGCUGCCUUUGGCAUUCCGCUACACGAAAGUGUAGAAGACUUCUUGCGAGAGAGGGAGCGGAAAGCAAUCAACGAGCUGAUCUACUCGAAUGUACCUUCGAUGGCAGAGAUCAAAGAGAUUCAGAAUGCACGAGGCGUCAAGAGUCUCGACACACUCAACAUGGAUGAGCGAGACCUACUAGCAGUUGCUCUUGGUGCACCUGCUCGCCAAGUCAUCCUCCGGGCAGAAGAAGUCGGUCCCGCAACAGGGUGGCGAGAUGGCUACCUGAGCACAGAGUAUGGAUUUCAACCACCGGACACGAACGCAGCCACUGGUGCUCUUCGAAAUUCUCCAGGACGCAUCUGGAUGGAUCUCUGUGAACGGAUGCCUGGCUGCAUUGCGCGCGGUCGUGUGCGGGAGUCUGUUGCAGCUCUGCCAAUAGUCGCGGGUACCGCUGAUGUUAUUCCCGACAAAGCCCUGUGGGCUGCACUUGUCGCUCUCGGCAUGCUGUGUUCGAUAUACAGAUACGAGGAGCGACAUGACGGCAAUGAGGGCAUCAACGUAGCAGCGAAAACAUUGAAGCUCAAGGGCGUACCGAUGUGCGACGACCUAGGCGAUGAAGUCCAGAACAUCCCACGCAGCAUAGGUCUUGCGUACGUUCAGAUUUGCGUACGCAUGGGACGAUCGAUACCUCACCUUACUUUCUUCGACCAGUCAUCAUACAACGUCGACUACAUCGACCCACAAUCGAAGCACCCUUACGUCGGGCGCUUCGAUAAUACACGACUGAGAUGGGCCAUGUUUGGUGACAGUGCCGAGAACGCCUUCCUUAAAGGCUGUGCGGAUACAUCGGCCAGCUUUCAGCACGGCCCUGAUGCCAUAGCCGCUUGUCAGGAGCACGUCAUGAACCGCAACAACGAAGGUCUUCUACGUGAGCUCGUCCGUCUGAAGGAAAUUCUGGAACGCAUGCCUACUGCCUUCAAUACCAUCUCGCCCAAUGACAAGUCCGGCGAGAACUACGUUUCGCCCACCGAAUGGGUACGCUGGGCCAAGUUCUCAGCACCGUUGUCGAAGCGUUGUCCGGCUACUUCUGGGCUUCAAUUCCCACCGUACCUAGUCAUGGACGCUUUUCUGGGCCGCAAGAAGUACGACAGCUUCCUUGGAGCCGAAGGGGUCCACCUCAGAGCGUGGUUGCCGUCGAAUUUGCGCGCCUUCAUUGCGUCCAUUGAGUACCACUACUGCAUACCCGAGUAUGUCAAAGCCUCAGGAGAUGCAAGAUUGAUGGGUGUCCUUGAUGGCGUGGUUGAGGCGUACACAGGCGAGAGAGGGUUCAUGGGUGCCCAUCGAUACAAAGUAUUUGGACUCCUUGAGUGCGCUGGAAAGUCUGGUCGGACCGAGACAAACGGCGCAUCUGGAGCUGCAGACGCCAUGCGACCUUGGGAACAGACUCAUGCCGAGUUCUCCGAGGCUAUGAAAGAGCGCCUCGAGCCGUUUCGCGGUCCUCGCGAUAUCGAACCCCACGAAAUGCGCGGCACAUUCGAGGAGUGUCGGUACCGAGGCCGCAUCCUGAGCAGAAACUUCGUCGAUGCGGACCCUAAGCGUUCGAUUGCGAUGGUCACUCUCGACAUCCAGGAGACCGGCAUUACUUUCCAACCCGGCGAUCGACUUGCCGUUAUGCCUAUGAACAGCUGGACUGAAUGUGCCAAGGUUGCCGCUGCGCUAGGGUUGGAUACCAUGCUGGAAGAUCCCGUGGCACUCGACCGUACCUGGACACGGUAUGCCAGCCACAUUGGUGCGAUCACAUACUCAAGUCGCCCGCAAUUGCACAUCAUCGAUAUUCUCCGUAAGGGCCAUCUAGCCCCAAUCACGAAGGAGCUCGCUACCAAGCUCCACACCAUCCUACGCGCCUCAUCACACACAGUACUGCAAGUUCUUGCCACAGAUGAGUGGCCGGUACGAGCUUCGCUCGGUGACCUCCUCCAAGCAGCUGUCAAUGACACCCCGCCCCGAAUCUGGGACCAAGCAUUCGAUCUCUCAGGCAAUCUAUCUUGGCUCUCAGAUCUCGUGUCUGUCGAAGUCCCGAGAACUUACAGUAUCUCCAACUUUUCCGACGAGUUACUACCAAGUACUGUCGACUUGACGAUCUCUCGCUCCGACUACGACCUGUGCUCCACCUUUUCUGCUAACAGCAAGAUUGUUCGCCAUGGCGUAAGCAGCGGUUUUCUGAACCCGCCUGUUGCCGAGGAGAUGGAUGUCCUCGACGAUGAAGAGCUACUGAUCGGUGUGUCAAGGCCGUUCUCGUUCCAAUUACCGCACGAUGACACGUCUCCAGUCGUCAUGUUUGCCGGCGGUAGCGGUAUCGCGCCCAUGCGCAGCUUCUGGCAAGCACGCUGUGGACAGACGUGGGGCAAGACGAUCCUAUACCUCGGUGUUCAGUCACGGCAGAAGUUCUGCUACGAAGCUGAACUUCGUCAGUAUGUGAACGAGGGUUUGAUGGAAGUCCACACUGCCUUCUCGAGAGACUCCAACGGUCUUGUGUACGACCCCACAUCCAAUGAUCUGCUCGAGAAGGAGAUGUCCCCUCGUUACAUUGAUGGCUUGAUCGUCGAGCAGGGGCAAUCAAUCUGUGAUCUGGUCAUGUCCAAGAAGCAGGGUGGAAUUGGAGGCUAUUUAUACGUUUGCGGCUCGGUCGGCGUGUUCGACUCGGUCAUGUCAGGCAUCCGCAGGGCUCUCUACAACCACCGGUCGCCUACCAUGGAGACCGCUGAAACCAUUCUGAACACCGCUUUCGCCGAACGCCGUUUUAUGCUGGACGUAUUCAUGACGCCCAAACCCCUGCCGUGCAACCAGUCAACUAUCCCGCUAUCGCAGCUCGCAGUGCAUACUGGACAUACCAAGGACUCUAGUGUCUGGAUUGGUGUGCAUGGUAAGGUCUACGAUGUGACAGACUUUUGUGCCAUGCAUCCUGGUGGCACUAAUAUCAUCAAGUCCAAUGGCGGCGUAGACUGCUCCAAGUCUUUCGAUCUGUUGGCCCACACGAACAAUCCAGAGGUCUCGUCGCUGUUGACCAAAUAUUACGUGGGCGAACUGACACCGAAGCCCGCCUAUCAUGCUGAGGAGCUGAGUAUGCUUUACGAUCUCUGGAACGCGUACCUACGUGUUGCAACCGAACAGGUCGUGGCCUCCAAUUUCGAAGUCGGCAUGAUCAUGGAGUCCUCAUUGGUGUGGUUUCAGGGUGAUCUCUUCAAUAUGGGCGGAGUUCGCAGGUUCUACCACUAUCAAUCACGGCUCCUCCAAGGGGGGUUUUCCGCCCUCUUCGGCGCGAAGCUUCAAGAGUUGUAUUUGAAGAUCUCAUUCACCCUGGCGAACAACUCUUCGGCCAGCACCAAACUGUCAGAUGUCCUCGGUAUCAUCGCUCGGGCCAAGAGCUCUAAUGAUGCGAUGACUGCCUCGAACGAGAUAUCUCAGAUUGGUCAAUUCACCUGCAAUAGCGAAUCUGCUCGUCAUCAUGAGAAAGGCAUAAUUGCCUACGCACAGCGAUCGAUUCAGUAUGAUAUGGAGUUCCUCGAGGCCAUUAGAGAUGAGGCGUGCAUUGGUAUGGACGCAUUUGACAGCAUUGUGGACCUUGAUGCAGCCUCAGAUGCGGACCGCAUCUCCGCACUCUCAACAUUCCUCAUGCAAGUUCUCGAGAGGAUGGCAAAUCGACUAGAGGGCUUCUACGCGAAGCUUGCUCGAUGUUCAGUUUUCCAACCAGAGAUGGAGAGGAACCCAGCACGUGCACGCUGGAACAUUCUGAAGCGCAAGAUUUGGGAUGGGUCUUUCUUUGUCCUGACUCGUGAAGCAUCGAUGCAGCCAACGCCAUCGCACCGAAUCAACGGCGUGGACUUCGAUCAGGUCAUCUCACAGAUCGAGAUGAACUUGAACGGGGCUUCGCUCGCAGCACCACGUAGCAUGGGUCUCAACGAACAACACGCUGCCCGCGCAAUGAACACGCCUGGUGGCGCCCCCGCAUAUGAGCAACACACGCAAAGCAACGCGCUCAAAGCCAUGUCGGCCUUCAUGAACUCCAACAAGAAGGCCAUUCGCCGUCUCAGCAAGCUCCCCGCUUCCAUGGAUCUCCAGCAGCUGAUACAAGUAUACGGCUCGCUGCCAGAAAACUAUCAACCAUUACCGACGCCUCCGUCAAGUCGCCCAACAAGUCGAUCACCAUCAGCUUCAUCCUCAUCCAGGACUUCGUUGGGCCGGGGCCGGAGCCGAACGAUUCAGGACACGCCUCAGUUAUUGCAACGCCGUAACACUGCAACUUCUGACUCAGCGCGAUCAAAUCCGGUCACACCAGCUCACGUAUCGCCGGCUGCUACUAUGUCAGCUCUGAUGACGAAGAUGAACACACGGACAAAGUCCAUCACUUCGCCCGUAGAUCUAAAACCUGACCUCCUUGAUCGAGACCGCGUGCGCUUGAUGCAUUCGUUCACUUUGCAGAAACCCACCGCGAUGGGUUCGAUGCUGAAUAGCGGGGCUUCAGGCAAUGCAAUUGAAGCGCAAAGUGGAAGCGAUGGCGCACGUUCAAGAUCGCGAAGCACGACAGGAAAUCUGAGGGCUUUUAGGUUGCAGGCAAGCGCUAUGGCAGGGGGCAUGAACAGGAGGAGCGAUGUAAAGCGCACUUGA